CAGGCUACACACGUAACCCAUCUGCAAGUAAAAAACGUUAUAUAUAAACAUAAAACGAGACUUCUGUCGUAGUACCAUAUCUUUGUAGAUAUGUAAUAAGCAUGUAAAGUUCUUUACCAUGGUUAAUUUAGUAAAUGCGGCCUUAAGCUGACAGAAAGCGUACAGACAGGGUGAUAUUGACGGUACCAUACUAAAGGCCUACAGCCUCUAAGCAAAGUAUAUAUCUAUCGCGAAUAUGAUGCACGUAACAAUGAAAAUAUGUUGCUCCGCAGCGGUUGUAACGCUGUGCCUAACGCAACUGCAAACCUUCCACGCCCAAAGUAUACAAGAUUUCCAAAUCAAAGAUUUAUUGUCUGGUAGAUGGUUGGAAGAGUUGAAACCUACAAGAGAAAAUGCGGAAAAUAUUGCUUUUGAGGCAUUUGACGCAGGUUACGAAGCCAAAAAGGACGAUAAGCAAACGAAUCCCAUGGCCAAUGUCGGGAUAUUCGGUGGUGAUAUGAGCAAAAUAUUUCCGCCGCAUUUCAGACGCCACUACUGCUAUUUCCUAUUCCUAUGUGCCGCUCUGAUACAAUAUGCAAUUAUCGGAUACGUGAGAAUUAAAAGGAAAGUACAACACAUUUUGGAAAAGCAGGUGCCUAUUCUUGCCGAUAACUUCGCACAUAUAGCAGAUGGGCCAUACUUCUACGAAAGGCAAAAAAUACACAAAUACUGCACAUAUGCAUCCGGCCGUACAAGCUGCGAGUCAUUGUUGAUUUCAUUUACUUUUGUAAAGCGUCAAUGCCCUUGGCAUGAAUUUCUUAUAACUCCACUCUUCUUCAUGAAUGAUAUAAUGACCAUAGAUGCCAUAUUACCAAACAUGGAUCCAAUUGCAUUCGCCAUUACAAAUAAAUUGACUAACAAGGCCUUCAUCAAGGCAAAUGAAGAAGUUGCAAACACCAUGUACGUACACGAGACCACCGAUCUACCGACAACACACCGAUCAUAUAUCAACAGCACAGAGAAGUGCGUCACCAAAUAUGCAUCGUAUGCUAUCGCAAUGUGUCAGGAAUUCAUGCCACAACUCAUCGCAUUAUACGUUGUAGAUGCACUUCCCGACGUUCAAGGCUACAGGCAAGUGAACCGGGUUAGUAUAGCUAUCAGGCUUAAUAAGGACGUCGAUUUACCUGCCAAAGUACUCAAAGCAAUGAUAAGCCUGGUAGAUUACACCAAAAACUUUGCGUUGACGGACAAAACAAAGGAGAGUAUAAAUAAAUCUAGAAAAUCCAUGAUUACUGUCAUAUUCAAGAACCAAAUGAAGAAGCAGCAGGAAGAAGCACGAGCAGAGAAUACAGUUGUAACACCAGAGAAGAUAAAGAAGAUUGAAAAGAAACAGGCUGCAAAACCUACACGAAGGGUGAAAAUGAUCAAGUAAAACUAAACACUUUAAAUUAUGAAAGAAAUAGAUAUAGAUAGUGUAUCAAC